AUGUCGAAUAACUCUUCUAUAUUUACAAGUACUCAAACAUCGACUAAGCUUCAAACAGCAACAAUAUUUUAUGAUGAUCGUUUAUUUUUACAUACAAUUGCUUGUCAAGCUAUUGCUGGAGCAUUCACUUGGGCAGCUAUUCUUAUCACUAGUUAUCAUAUCUAUCUCCACUUACGACAUUAUAAUGUGCCGUCUGAACAAAAAUGGAUUGUUCGUCUUCUAUUUAUAGUACCUAUUUAUUCAUUUGUAUCAUGGCUUAGUUUAAUUCUUUUUACAAAUGAUUCUUACUACGUCUAUUUUCAUGCUGUACGAGAUUGUUAUGAAGCAUUCGUCAUUUAUAGUUUUCUUUCGCUUUGCUAUGAAUAUUUGGGUGGUGAAGGAGCUAUUAUGGCAGAAAUUCGUGGCAAACACAUUGAACGACGUUGGCGGACAUGCACAUGCUGCAUGUCCAAUCGUGAGUAUACCAUUGGAUUUUUAAGAUUUUGUAAACAAGCAACACUUCAAUUUUGUUUGGUAAAACCUUUAAUGUCCAUAGUAAUACUUGUUUUACAAGCAUUUGGUAAAUAUAAAGAUGGAGAUUUUUCAAUAACAGGCGGCUAUCUUUAUAUAACAUUGGUUUAUAAUGUUACUAUUUCGCUUGCGCUUUAUGGCCUAUUUUUAUUCUACGAAGCAACUAAACAUAUUUUAGCUAAAUAUGAACCUGUUUUGAAAUUUUUAACAGUUAAAUCAGUUAUUUUUUUAACAUUUUGGCAGGGAGUACUUUUGGCUAUUUUUGAAGAAUUUGGAAUUAUUCAAGCAUUUCAAGGAAAAACAAAUUUAAGUGUUGGUACUGUUGCUGCUGGUUGGCAAAACUUUUUUAUUUGCAUUGAAAUGUGUUUAGCUUCUAUUGCUUUGCGUUUCGCUUUUCCACAUGAAACUUAUAUGAUACGUGAAAAUUAUGUUGAAUCUUCGACUACAAAUUCUGCGCAAGGAGGAACAACAAGUGGUAAUACUCCAAUAGUAACAAUGCAAAGUAUUUCAAAUAAUCUUCGAGAAACAAUGAAUCCAAAAGAUAUUAUGCAUGAUGCAAUUCAUAAUUUUCAUCCACAAUAUAGAGAUUAUACACAAUAUAAUGCACAAGCAACUCAUUUGGACACAGAAGUACCUUCUGUGAUUUUUCAGCUACCUCGGAUAACCGAUGAUCGAGCAUCCGUUGUUUCAUCUACAAAUGUGAAUCCAUAUUCAGCAUCAACUGAUGGCCCAGCAACAUUGCCUAUUGAAACUUCUAUUCAACAUCCGAAUAGUAUUUUACAAAAUUUUCCAAAUAAACUAAUACCAAAAUUAUUAAAAAAGAAAGAUGCAGAAAAAGAUAUGCUGUUAAUUAAUGAUGAUGUUUAA